AGAGAGAGAGAGAGAGAGAGAGAGGGAGAGAGAGAGGGGGGGGUGACAUUAUAUCAUACAAAGCUCACUUUCAUUCAGGGAAUUCCCUAUUUCUCAUUUAUCCUAGUCUCAGUGGUUCUGGUAUGUCCGCAUUUAAGACCAUAGCUCAAACAAUUGCCCUCCACAAGAUCGAAGCUCAAUUUCAAGAUUGAAAUGUCAACGUAAACAAACAGAAAAAAGAUCAGAGUUGCAUAAAGGUUUCCGACCUGCGGUGUGACGGGAACCUGGAUAGAAAGCCCAAGAGCAGCAUUCGCUCCGGAAACCCGCUUAUGCUCAUUUGGCUUCAAUAUUGCGCGUUGGUAGGUAACUGACUAGGAGUCAAGGAACUUUAAGCGCAGUGAUUUGGCCUCUACUUUCGGGUAGUGCAUAAAGCUAUACGUGGCCGCGGCCGUUUAUAAAAGCACAGCUACGUCCUCCAUUGAAACAUUUGUUUUCCCCGCUAAAUGUCAUUCUAGCCCUUCACGUGUGAAUGCCCCUUUAUUGAAAAACAAAAAUCCCACCCCACCGUCGACGCGAUUCAGCGUGUCUUCGGGCUAUAGUCAAAUCAAACAUACUUGAUUAGUAUUAUUUAUAAAGUAGGCCUACAUUCAGAAAAGGUUUUGAUGUUUCUCACUCAGCAAUCACAGAGCCGCACACAGAGACUCCGCCCUGCCUCGCGCUACUUUGGCGCGCUUCCAUAGCGGUGCUGAUGUUGGGCAGGACAGAAGGAGAGAAGGAAGGAGGGGCGGGGGCGCUGCACUGGCUCUACUACAAGUUGAGCCCAGUCCCUCUGUUGCUGCAGCGUGAGGAACAGCCUUGAGGCACAGCCAGUUAAGGAACAAUAGGGCAAAAACAUACUUUCUCUGUUUCUGGUGGUAGCCUAUAUAUGAGAAAGCCAUCUGUAUAUUAUUUGUAAAUAUGAGAGAGAAAAAAAACAUUUUGGCAUAGAAUAUUUAGCGUAAGUGAGAAAUAAAGCGUUCGAUAAUGGUGCAUCGCGGUGGUUUUGAAAAGGAAAACGACAGGCGCAACACAGUGAUUUGUUAUUUGGCUCUGGUGUUCUAGAUGGAGAGAGCGCGUGCACAUUACGGAGAGAUUACUGUUAGCGCGCGUGGAUUGAAUAUAACAGCGGAAUUGAGACAGAAGAUGCGCAAAUCUGACGGGAGAAUACAACUCAAGGUUUUAUGUCUGAUUUGGAACUGAAAGGUUUGAUUGAUAACGGAUUAAUUCAAAUCUAAUUAUCAGAUCAAAUAAUGGGAAUUUAGCACCACUAAAACCAGCCGUAAUACUUAAAACAAGUAGGGACUAACGUAAACAUUUGUUUCCCCUAAAUUAUUUCUUUUGGAUUUCGACGAAAUGGCAGUAAACACAGACAGUGAAUUCGCUAAAUCUAACCUGGGAGAGAGCGCCGGGGUGCCCUCAAACGAGCAGGAGACGGAGAAACUUCUCAGCCCAGUGACCACCGAGCCCGCCGGCGGCAACCUAGUAAAAAUGUCUUCUUCGUUUACCGUAAAUGUGGGGAGCGAAAAGAACGUGGAUGCGGAUCAGAACGGCCACAGUGUGCCCUUCAGGUCGGGCUCAGCAGGGCACUUGGCGGCUGCCCCGCUCUCCCCGUCCCGGGUCAGUUUGAGUCGCACCUCUUCCACCGGAAACGCUGCAAUCCAAGAGGCAAAAAAGCCCAAAGACUAUCUCAUUCUGGUCAUAUUGUCCUGUUUCUGCCCUGUCUGGCCCGUCAGCAUUGUGGCUUUGGUAUAUUCAAUUAUGUCCAGAAACAGCCUUCAGUCAGGAGAUAUGGAUGGAGCUAAGAGACUGGGGAAACUGGCUCGCCUCCUCAGUGUUGUUUCCAUCAUCCUGGGUGUGCUCAUUAUAGUUGUCUUUGUAACAGUUUCUGUUGCCAAGUGACCAACUUAUAGACCAUGAAACAAGAUCACUGCUUCAAGCCGAGCAGCGGAUGUGACAUGGAGAAAAAAAAAAUCAUGAUUCUGUCAGUCCGGGAUGAAAAAGAAAAUGAUCAUCACCUACUCCACACUGUAAUAAAGAUCAGGAAGACCCUCUUGACAACACAGAAACAUUUUGAAAUAUGAAGAAGAAUAAGAUGUACUGUAGCAAAUAAAUAAACCAAAUAUAAAGGUCCAGAAAUGCAUGCAUAGUUAGCAGUAACAUGUGCUUGAUGAAGAAAAAGAAAAUCCUUGAUGUGAAAAAAUUAUUGAAUAAAGAAGGAAUGUUGAUCAUUUGACUUUUGGAGGGACUGUACUGUCAUUCCUUUCUCUGUGGAAUAAAGAGAUUGAAGAUAAAGAAGAGAGGAAUGAACAGAGAAAUUAAUUUAUGAAUCCCCUUAAAUUUGACUCCAGGCUUUGGACUUAACAUUAAGACAGCUGCAUAAUAACCUAAACAUACACCUGGGUGACCAGACUCGCUGCAUUCAAAGCAUAUACAACUAUACAGAUCUAUUUGCAAUAUUAAUAUAUAUAUAUAUAUAUAUAUAUAUAUAUACACACAUACAUAAAUAUGUAAAUGUACAAUUUAUAAAGCAUUUGUAUGUUGUGCUGAGCUGAGCUGCAAUGAUGGCUGACUGACUGGCAGUGGCUGUCACCUGAUACGCUCUGCAGAAGGUUGUAAUAUUUUGCCCGGCCUGACUAAAUCAUUUACUCCCAACAUCCCGUUUUCCCCAACCACUUUCCAAACAUCCAUGUCUGAGCAUGAGUAUAUGUUGGAAAAGACGAGACCUGUCCUAACCCUCUGUACCGUCCCCUAAAAGUGACUUGGACUGUGUUGAUGUCAUUUGUUUUGCUGAAUGUAUUUUGUAGUACUACACAGCCCAACACAAAUUCCUCACCUACUGUCAACCUGGACUGCUGUAUCAGUAUGAAACAUAUUUAUAUGAAGAAUAUAUGUAAUAUAUCGUAUAGGCAUGCUUUGGGCUGAACAGUACACACGUUUUUGUAUGUCAUUGUAAGGACCCAGUAUAUGAUGUUAAAUGAACAUUGCUUUCAGGUUGGAUUGGCAGUGGUUAUAGCAUCACUGUACAUAUACUUUAGCAUGCCAGUGACGUUUGCAUUUGUGUCACAUCACCAUGUAAUCUGGAAUAAGUCACAGUGUGUUCAGAUUAAACGGUAACACAACAUGACUGUUGUAUUAAAAGACUUCAGACUAA